AUGUCGAAUUCUAUGAAUGAUCCAGAUUCAAAUGCAUCAGUAUUGAACAAUAUUAAUUCAAAUGGAACCAAUACGGAUAUUUCAACUGUAACAUCAACACCAUUAUCACAACAGAAUAUUGGUGGUCGAAAAUUGACUUCUAGAGUCUGGCUAUAUGCGAAGAAAUCAGAUGAUGGUCAAGAAGCUGCUUGUUUGCUAUGUGAUUAUACAUGUUCAUGUCGAUCACAUUCUACAUCAACAAUUCGACAACACCUUAUUAUUAAACACAACAAAUUAGAUUUGAUAUUAAAAUCAUCAUCAGUUCUUGCAAAAUUUAAAAUUUCAGAAGGUUUAAAAAAUGAACUGCAUCAACUAUGUUAUUAUGCAAUUAUUAAAGAUGGUCGUCCAUUCAACGACCUGAAUAAGAUUGGUAUUACAGCUUUGAUAAAUAAACUUUGUCCUGGUUAUAAACCACCACAUAGAAAUCAAGUUGUUCGGCAUUUAAAAGAUUUAAACAAACAUCAUCAUGAUCUAUUGAAAGAAGAAUUAAAAACAGUUUAUCGAUUGAGCAUUACACUCGAUUUCUGGUCAAACCGAAAAAAUGAAUCAUUUCUAUGUAUUACAGGUCAUUGGAUGAAUAAUUCUCUUGAUUCUAUUUCGAAAAUCAUUGAUUUUUCUUGCUUCAAUGAACGACAUACAGCUAUUGAAAUUACCAAGGUUUUGAGAGAAAAAAUGAUUGAUUUAGGUGUUUAUGACAAAGUUUUUUGUAUUACUUGUGAUGGUGCUGAAAAUUUGGUUUAG